UCACGCAGCAGCCCGUUUGACAGCUCCGAUCGAAGCAGACAGCGAGCUUGUGUGCGUGAGUGUGUGUGUGCGUACGACAGAAAGAGAGAAGAAACACAACCAAGUGACAGUAGUGCCAGCAGCAGCGACAAGUGCGACAAACGACACACGGCGGUGAAGAGAAAAAAAGCGACACACACACGCGCACGCACGCACACAAGAAAACAGUGGAACAAAAACAUGAACAGCUAAUCUUUUCGCAAACACAGCAGCAGUAGCAGCAGUGACCAGAGUGCAGCGGAAGUGAACCCGGAAAAAAGCGCUGAAGCGGAGCGGAAGUGGAGGUGGUCACCGAGACGGCCUCCGGUGUGAUUGCGAUGGGCCAAACGGUGCUAGGUGCGGAUUAGUGGCGUUUGCAUACAUGUCCGCCGCAGCCAUCAACCGGGCGCUGAGCGAGGAAGAGUGGUAAAAGGUUGGCGAAAGGGCCCUUUACCAUUUGGCGUUCGAUCACAGAGGGUGGUGUGACCAAGUGUGUGUGUGUGUGUAUUGGGAGGAAAAGCCUUCCAGACAGUCCAUUGCUUUGAUAAGGGACAUACGGCACAGAAGGAAACCAUACGCUGCAACGAGGACCGGGCCGCUUUUCUUGGGAGCCGGAGGUUAAACGCUGCACCGUCAAGCUGGAGAUGUUCAAUCGCAUCAAGAACAGGGUGCUCACCGUGGUGGCCCCUGACCAGCCGGCCCUACCGGCCGGCCCCGGUCACCAACUGUACGGUGGUGGGGCCGGCACUGCCAGCAGCCGCACCGGCAACUCCAACAGAGACUACGAUGCGGCCGGUGGCGGCGGCGGCAAGCGGCUGCCGAAAAAGUUCCAGUACGCGCGGCCCCCCUUCCUGCAGCUGCUGACGUACGACGAGCUGAAGGCGAGCGCGGACCACAACGUGCGGCCGAUCAUCGUGCCGCGCGACAUCUCGCUGCUGCCGUGGAGCACCGGGUACGCGGAGUGCGUCAACUCGGGCAAGUCGAAGUGGAACGAGGACCAGGCCGCGUUCCACCGGCAGGUGCUGUCGCACCCGUCCCGCCAGUACCACGACCUGCCGUACACGUACUUCGGCAUCUACGACGGGCACGCGGGGUACGGGGCGGCCCUGGCCGCCGCCAACCAGUUCCACUACAUCCUGCACGAGAAGCUGGUGGACGUGAUCGAUCUGCUGAUGCCGCGGGUCGAGGGCGACGGUGGCGGGCUGGCGCUGCACGCGACCCUGCCCCACCCGAGCCUGUUCCACAAGCAGGUGUCGAAGGACGAGCUGAUCGUGGGGGCGCUCGAGGCCGCGUUCGCCGAUAUGGACGCGGUGCUGGCGGAGGACCGGGACAAGUACCGGAAUGCGGGCGGGUGCACCGCGCUGGUGGCCCUGUUCAUACUCGGCAAGCUGUUCGUCGCGAAUGCGGGCGACUCGCGCGGCGUGCUGUGCAAGCGAGUGCGGCGCCGAAAGCUGCUGCCGGUGUACCAUCGCAACGGGACGGGCGAGGAGAAGGAGGAGGAGGGGCAAGAGAAGAAGGAGAAGGAGAAGAAGGAGGAGAAGGGCGAGGGAGGCGAGGAGGAGUACGAGGUGGUGGCGGAACCGUGCUCGUUCGACCACACGCCCGACACGGAGCGGCCGCGGCUGCUGACGGUCGGCAAGCACAAUCCGGCCCUGCUCGGCGGCGAGUACAUCGCGAUGGAGUACGCGAAGAAGCCGACGACGAAGGAUCUGGGCGCCCGCAUCCUCUACCGGCAGGGCGCGAUGAAGGGCUGGACGUACAAGACGCUCACCGCGACCGAUCUGAAGAUACCGCUGAUCACGGGCGUGGGCAAGCGGAGCCGCCUGCUCGGCACGAUCGGGGUGACGCGCGGGUUCGGCGACCACGAUCUGAAAGCGCUCGGCAGCAACCUGCCGAUCAAGCCGUUCCUGAGCGCGCACCCGGACGUGGUGUGCUUCGACCUGGCGCAGGUGCGCAGCGAGCCGGCGGACGAGAACAGCGACGGCGAGUACGGCAUCCUGGUGAUGGCGACCGACGGGCUGUGGGACGUGAGCGAGUCGCAGCAGGUGGCGAACACGGUGUUCGGCACGCUCAAGCGCUUCCCGGCCGAGCGCCACCGGUACACGAUGGUCGCGCAGGAGCUGGUGGCGCGGUCGCGGGGCCGCGCGAACGAAUCCGGCCACUGGCGGCUGUCGGAUUCGCGGGCCGCCGCCACGGUGGACGACAUCUCGGUGAUCGUGAUACCGGUGCACCAGUACUACCAGGAGUACCGGGCGUGGACGCAGACGGUGGCCGCCCGCAACCGCGUGCGCAGCGCGGCGGCCAAGGAGGUGGCGGCCGUGCCGGAGGCGGCCGUUCUCGCGCGCGACCAGCCGGGUGCGCCCGGGGCCGAUCUCAGCUCCGAGUCGUCCGAGUCGGAGCCGCCCGAGGAGGCGCAGGAGGCGGAAAACAAUCUCAACACGAUCAAUGUGCCGCCGGCGGCCGGCAAACCGUCGGCACCGUUGGGGCUCGCCGAUGCGCUGCCGGCCAAGUAGGCGAAUUGGGGUUAGCAGCCGGGCGCAAACAACCCUUCCAUCCCAAAAUGGCAAGAGCAAACAGAGAGAGAGAGAUAGAUAAGGAGAGGGAGAGAGUGUGCGCGCUCAAACGAAGAAUACAAUAAUCGUUAUAAUCGUAGGAUUUGUAAGUUAAAAGUAGAGGAAGACGAAGCAAACGCACGCAAACGUGCGCUAUAUUCCACUGUGUGCUGUAGCAGGCUAGAAACAAAAAAAAAAAAAAAAACGGGACAGCAGCAAACGUCCGCAAACAUAUAUUAUCUUAAACUAAAAACACGCAAACACCUUAAUCCUAUGCGCGCUAAGCGUUCACGGUGAGCGCGACCAGUAUGUAGCAUAUUUAAAUGAAGCAGAAGAAGAUGAAGCAGAGAGGCAACACUCAAGUAUUGGAUUGCGCCGGAAGCGGCAGGCCCGGGGCACCCUAGAGCAAUUGUGUAGAGUUGAAAUGAAGAAGAGAACAAAAGCCUCCACGGCGAUAGGUUUGCAAGGAUCUAUCUCGGUUCAUCCACAGCAAUCUUAAAACGCUCUAGAGCAGAGGCAACACACCCACACACACACACCUCCUUCUUUUGGUGUGGAGAGGUAGCACGUAGGACCGAUAAUUAUUGUCACAUAAAUGCUCCAUUUGCAACAACCGGCAAGAACAAAAAAAAAUGAAGAAACUAGCAGAGGCUUACGAGAGGCUCUCGGCUUCAGUGGGCGUGUGGCGCAGACGCAGGAGCAGGAGGUUUAUGGGUAGCAGCAACUUACCUGGAGCAGAGCUUAAGGGCGGAGUAGUAGACGGAGAAGACGCUGAUCAGAAAGUGGACGGCGAGCGCGACCAGCAGCCCCGUACCGGCUGUGACGGCGCCCCAGAUGAGCUGCAGGCGCGAUGAGCAUUCCCCGGUGAAUUACAAAGUGAGAUGUGCAGUGAUUGAUGGAAGAGAGAUGAAGAGAGAGAGAGAGAGUGAGAGAGAGAGGGAGAGAAAUAGAAAACAGAAAGGGAGUUAUCAAAUGUAUUCGCUCACUUUUCCUAAAUUAAAAAGAAGAUUUCUUUUGACUAAGA